CUCCCUAAAAAAUGGACUCUUACACUUCGUUACUCGAGAAAACCCGCCUUCCCCAACCUUCCCUCCAAAGAUUCGCGGUAAUCUCCAUUUUCUCAAAGCUCCGAACCGCUCCACUUCACCUGGGACCCGAUUCCGAACCCGGAUCCCAAGCCAUCUCCCAAUGCCUCCAUUCCUCUUCUCCCGCCGUCGUCGACCAAUCAGUUCGCGAGCUUUGCCGGCUCGUUUUGGACUCCAACAUGGACUUACCUCGGGCCCUGUUGGAGCUCCAAUCAUCAUUGGAAGGAUCCGAUCCAAAAUUCGUUCCACUCUUUGUGAAAUCCUUAGGGUUUAUCGUUUGCGUCGGGUUCGAACGAAGUAACGGGUCUUGGAAACCCGAGUCCCAUGAAGAUCACCCGUUCGUUAAGGUUCUUUCCAGUCGGAGAGAGGUUGAAUUGGAGCUUGUGAAUCAAAUUUUGUUGUUUAUGGAGAAAAAUAAGGGAUUGGGAAUGAUGGAAGUCUGCGAAUUCUUGAGACCUUUUCUGAAUUUUUCGAUUUUAAGAAUGAAUUUCUCGGAUUCUUCAUUGUUUUUGUUUGGUAGACAGUUGAUUUCGUCAAUGGCUUCGUUUUGCUGUUCAAUUCCUAACCAGUCAUUGCCCAUUUUCAUAUCACUUAUAAAUUGCCUGAAAUAUUUCCCUCCCAAAAGCUUAGAGGAAACCAGGAAUUUUAGUCACAUGACAGAAUGCGUGGUUGACUCAUUUACUGUUGUUUUGAGGCAGUUGGUUGGAAAAGGAAUGUUGGUUACUGAAGCUCAACAAUGUGGGGUGGAAUUAAUUGUGAAUGUUCUUUCACUCUGUACUUCUCCUUGCAAGCAGUCUAGUGGGAUUGAGUCUAUAGUUGAGCUAUUAAAGCACAUGUUGGUUUCCCAGAAAGAUCUUGGAUUGCAAUAUAUACCAGAAUUAUCACCAGUAAUAUUAUCCUUAUCUGUUUUACUCAUCGAGUCCGAGCUUGAACAUCAGCAGCUGUCAAUAUUAAAAUUCCUUCAUUUUAUUUUGAAGUGGAAAAGUGAUAUUGAACAUGCUGCUAGCAGAGCUGAAUAUUUCCUUAGUGAGGAGCUUUUAGUUAUAUUUCCCGUCAUCAGCCUCAUAUCAUCUCCCUCUAAAUCAGUUAAAGGAGCUGCAAAUGAUUUGCUUGUCCUUUUAGAAAGGCUUCUGGUAAACUUAUGUAGUACUUCAAAGGUUAAGCUACGCAAGAAUCUGGGGUAUCAAUCUAUUAGCAGACCUGAACUGAUAGCUUACAGGCUUUUGCAACAUAUAUGGUUUGAGGAUCAAUUUUCAUUGCCCAAUUCUUUCUUUCUAAGUUUAUCUUCUGCUUGUGGAACUGAUGUCCAAACAAUGCAUGACAAACCAAGAUCUUGGGCUUAUCAACUAAAAGAGCUUGCUCUGUGGAUUGUUGAGAGAAGAAAAUCAGGUCUACCUGUCCCACGAUCCCAAGAAAUACUUCUAACUGAAAUUCCCUUGCUACUUGGGGCAAUUGCUGUUGUUUUGGUGAUGCAUCCAUCACUCGGGAAUGCUGCUAUAGAUGCUUUAGCUUCCAUUGGCAAUUUGGAUCCAAAACUAGGUGUUUCUUUGUUGCUAAGUGUUUUAUUUUAUAAUAAUAUAUUCACCAGAAAAGACGUUGUCUACUGGAAUUUGCUGCCUAAGAUUUUGGGAAUGCUUCCAUCGCUUGCAUCACAGACUGGGCUGAUUCCACUUGUAGUUCAAACUAUCUUGCCAAUGCUUCACAAGAAUGCAAAGCCAGUGUUGUACGCGACAGCUACUCGCUUGCUUUGCCAAACCUGGGAGAUCAAUGACCGUGCCUUUGGUAGUUUGCAAGGAGUAUUAUUACCAAAAGGGUUCACUGAGUUUAUGCAUGAGAGAAAUAUCUGUAUCAGUAUGGCUGUCUCCAUUCAGGAUGUUUGCAGAAAGAACCCUGAUAGGGGUGUGGACCUUAUCUUGUCUGUAUCGGCUUGCAUUGAGAGUCCAGAUCCCACAGUUCAAGCUCUUGGUUUUCAAAGUCUUGCACACCUUUGUGAAGCUGAUGUGAUUGAUUUUUAUACAGCAUGGGAUGUUAUUGCAAAGUAUGUGCGAAGCUAUAACGAGGACCCAAUUCUUGCCUAUAGUGUCUGCUUUCUUCUAAGAUGGGGUGCAAUGGAUGCUGAUGCAUACCCAGAUGCCUCAAGGGAAGUACUGAAGAUUGUAUGGACUGUUGGCUGCUCCUUGCAUAUGGGUCAUGAAUUACAAUGGACAAAGGCAAAGGCCUCCGCAUUUGAGGCCUUAAUCAAAUACGAGAUUCCAACUAUUGUGAAGAAUAUUUCAAAUUUCAAGCAAAUGGUCAUGGAUCUACUUCUUUCUGAGACAAAUCCAGAUGUACUUAAGGUUUUGGAAGGACUUCUAGUGAAAAUUAUUGGACAUGAACAUAGCAACCGAAAAAGAUUUGUAAAGGAGAAGAAGGUCCCAGUAAGUAAGAUUGAGAAGUUGCUGGAUGUGUUUCCACAGGUGAUCUUCUCAUCAGUGGCAGGAAAAAGAAGUAAUGCUGGAGAAUUACCUGGUGCAGCCUUAUUUUAUGGAUCCUUUAUUUCUAGCAAUUUGAAAAGCCAAGGCACAGCUAGAGGAUUGCAAGAUUCUCAUUCUGGAUAUGAAGAUAUGAUGAUGCAAAUAGCUGCAUCCCUUCAACUCUCAAGAAAUACUUUUGUUGCACUUCUUUCACUUGAAUCAUGGAAAGCCUUUGUGCGAUGUUGGAUGAGGGCUAAUAUAUUGUCUAUUGAUGCUAAAGCCUCAGUUAUUGUUUCAGACAAAACUUCAAAAGCUGCUAAUGGUAUUCUGAAGACCUUGAUGCAAGCUGCUGAAGAAUCUAUUCCUAGAUCUGCUGAAAAUAUUGCUUUGGCUAUUGGUGCACUUUGUGCGGUCUUGCCACCAUCUGCCCAUAUCAUUAAAUCAACUGCUUCAAAGUUUCUUUUGGGCUGGUUGUUUCAGUAUGAACAUGAGCAUCGCCAAUGGUCAGCUGCCAUGUCUGUUGGAUUGAUCUCAAGCUCCUUGCAUGUGACAGAUCAUGAGCAAAAAUUUAUGAAUAUUACUGGACUUCUUGAGGUUUUGUGCUGCAGUAAAAGUUCCAUUGUAAAAGGAGCAUGUGGAAUUGGCUUGGGAUUUUCCUGCCAAGAUCUUCUUUCCAGAGUUGAAGCGCCAGAUGACUCUAAUGCUAAUGAAGAAAACCACAGGAUGCUGGAAGAAAGAUUAUUAGGAAGAAUAGUUAGAACAUUAUCUCUAAUGUUACAUCCAGUUGCUGCUUCUUCAGCCAAUACUCUAGAAAGUCUCCGUGCAAAUUUUUCAGCAGGCACUGAUGAUAUAGAUGCUAGUAUAACUUCCGAAUUGUUAGAUGAUGAUUCUAAUGAUUUGGACGAUGAUAUAUGGGGAAUAGCUGGCCUUGUUAUUGGCUUGGGAAGCUCUAUUGGAGCAAUGUAUAGAGCUGGCGCAUAUGAUGCGGUGCUCAAGGUGAAAGACUUGAUCAUAUCCUGGAUCCCUCAUAUGAGUUCCUCGGUUCAAACCUUUGAUUCCAGCAAUGAAAGAUCGGAGAUACUUUUAUCUGUAGGAUCCUGUCUUGCACUUCCUCUCGUGGUGGCUUUUUGCCAAAGAUUGGAAAUGGUGGACGGUAAUGAAUUAGACCAUCUGAUCAAUGGCUAUGUGGACCUCAUUUCUGAUUUAUUGUCUGUCAAUAAAUCCGGUGCUUUUCACAAGAGUUUGUUGAUGGCAUCAACUGCUGGAGCUGGGAGCCUUUUAUCAUGCAUAUUAUCUGAAGGCUUGCACUUUGUUGACGUGGAACGUGUAAAGUGUUUACUUGAAUUGUUUAGAAAUUGUUAUUCUCGUCCUUACCCUCCUAUCGUCCAUUUUGGUGGAAUGCUUGGAAUUGUUAAUGCUUUUGGGGCAGGUGCUGGAAAUUUAGUUGAUUUUCACCCUUUUAACCCCUCUGUGCACACUGGGUACGAUCAAAAGGACCAUUCCCAUAUUUCAGGUCCGAUACUUACAAAUUCUGCUUGUGAAGAGCACUCAACAUCAUUGAUGCAAGAUAUUUUUCUUGUUGCACAAAACUCUGAUGAUAAUCAACUGCAACAAUAUGCAGCCUGGGCAGUUUCAUUUCUUCGAAAUCGACUGUGGUCUAGAGAAGUUUUAAAUAGUGCUAGCAGUACACAAAGUGACUCUGUUGGCUCAAAAUCUAUAUCUCAAGGUGUUCCCGAGGACAGUGCUGUCAUGAAGCUUGGUCUGUGGCUUAAAUCUUUUAAUCAAUCUGGGACAGGUACCAAAACACAUAUUUGCAUAGUAGCCACUAUUUUAAGGUGCCUAUCACUAGCUCCCAGGCUACCAACCUUGGAUUGGGGUGCAAUUGUUAGACGAUGUAUGAGAUAUGAAGCUCAAGUUACUCGGUUGUCAGCACAGGAUAUUGCCCAUAAGGAAGGAACCCUUAGAGAGGAAUGCUUGCAGUUUGCUUUGGUCCAUGCAAAGCAAUUUGAUGCACUGCUGACAUUCCUCGAUGAGUUGUGUGACCUUCCUCGGUUCAGGACGCUGGAGUUAAGUCUCCAAUCUUGUCUGCUCAGUCAUUUGGCAGACCUGAUAAAACUAUUCUCGGGCUCAAGGCAGGAGAAAUUAUUGUAUGACGUGAGUAAUUACUUUUCUUCCCUUACAACAGACCAAGUGCUUGAUUCAGGGGAGAAAAGUUCAUUACGGAGUUCUUGCUGGAAGGGUCUCAGUCAGUGUCUAGAUGAAGCCUCUCUCGACUCUCUAAAAUACAUUAAAAAUAUUGAAAGGUGCAUGGAAGUGCUUUUUUCCUUUUUACCCUCACCUCAAUCAUCUGCUGAUGUGGAAGUGAAUCAGUUGAACUUGGUUGAGUGGUCCGAGGCAGUUAGGUGCUUGGCAAAGGCUCGGCUCGGCUGGUUAUUGGAUUUUCUACAUGUUUCACAUUUAGAUUCAGGAGAUGUCACCUUUGUGGAAGUUCUGAAAAGGAUUCAAGCUAAAGCGAAGCUAGUUCGAACCGGUUCCAUCCCAAUUGCUGAACUGGAAAAAUCAAAGUCUUAUUUACUGAAUUCAGAACCACUUGGUACCUGGGGUGUGCUAAUUGAAGUUGUAGCAACUUUACAGCGUGUGGAGGGAAGCGUAAAAAGACAAUGGCUGGUUGACGCCAUCGAAAUCAGCUGCGUUUCAAAUUAUCCUUCCACGGCACUGCAGUUUAUUGGGCUUCUAUCUGGGUCUUGCUGCAAAUACAUGCCCCUUCUCAUUGCAGAUCGAUCAUAUGUUCUGAACGACAUACCGGUUACUCUUACGUCUCUCUUAUCGGACCCGAACUGGGAAGUGAUUGCAGAAAGCUUUACUUCGUAUCUUUUGACAUCAACGGAACGAAUUUACGGUUGGGCUAUGAAAGUAUCAUUGGCAAGUGAGGAUGAUGCAGUACCGAGUUCGCAAGUUAUCGAAGAGAGUGAAAUCGGUAUGGCUCAGAUACUAUUGCCUGUUAUGCACCAUGCAUGUGUUUGCUUGAAACAUUAUUUGCCUCUAGACAAGCAACUUAGACUUGCAAACAUGGUUGUUGAUUAUGCUUUAGGAUAUUAAAACAAACACCUCUAGCAUCAAUUAAAGCUCAAAGCUUAA